AUGUUUGUUUUGCAAAACAUUCAAUUAGACUUACCACGUGCGUUGUUGGAGAUUCAAUGUAGAGCCUCUAGUGCAUCCCCAUCACUAUUUCUUGUUGUUGUUGUAGCCGCAGCUGAAAAUCGAGGUGUUGAGGCUAGUCAGAGCUUGUUUUUAUGCGGCUUGACGUCAACUAAAGUUGAAAGAUCACGAAGCUAUGUAACCUGUUCAUCGUUGGUGACGGGACGGCGAAUCGAC